AUGCCUUCAUCCCCGUUCUUGAGUCUCCCCCCGGAGCUUCGCCAUAUGAUCUACAAAUACUACUACACUACGGCUGAUGGCUAUUCCCUCCAGGCAAUCUCCUGGAAGCUCGCCACCGCCGAUGGCAAACCGAUUGACCUCGCCCUGAUGUACACCUGCCGCCUUAUAGCCUACGAGAGCAGAGACAUGCCUCUGUCAUAUAAUAAAGUCACCGUCUCUACAGUCUACGAUCCCGAAUUCCGCGCUUGGGCUGGCCGCUUCGACUAUCUUCUCUUUGCCCAGUUUCGGAAACAGGUAAGCCUUGUUCUUAUCUUGGGCGACUGGUUUCUCACUGAAGAAAUGUGGGUUCGUAUUGAACAAACGUUUCCCUGGUUCGUGCCGCAACUCAGAGAAGCCCUACGCCAACAUCGACGCGGAUCACAACGAAUUGACCUGAGAAAAUUUGAGUACUGGAGUUUCUCAAAUUCCUUCAACUACUCCGCACAGCCUUUUUGUCGGCAGUCCUAUGGAUUAUCCGCGCUUUGCGAGGCCCUCGAAUUCACGCUACGUAUCCUCGCCCAGACAGAACCCACGGAGAAGUUUGAUAGGAUUGUCGAGUAUGAACUUCUAGACUGGGAACAUAGCGGUAGCGAUCGUCUCCUUGACUUCCUCGACCAGUGCUUUAAGCCUUGGGACGUACCGCACGCCGAUGUCCUUGCAGAAAUGGGGCGCAGGUUUGGAGAUGAUCACCUCUGGCCCAAUCUCAGGGCCUGGGUGCCUAACACAUACCAGACCAAAGAGUAUCAUGCGAAAUUUCGCAUUUCUGCAGCCUCUUCAGCCAUAGGCUGGCUCAACAAACUUCCCGACAACAAACGAAUGUGCAUUCGCGGUAUGGCGAUCAUUGAAGAUUACCCCUCUGUAGGCCGUCAAGAAUGCCACGCUGCAGGCCUCGUCCCUUUCUGCAGAGAGAAUCCACAAUUACGGAUUAGUCACCGGGUCAGUAUGCUGAAUGUCAUUUUUUCUCGGGCACUACUCAAUCGCGCCGGGUUUUUCGGAGGUCUGGCAACUUACGCAGGGCAUGAAAUUGGAGCAGAAGCCUUUGACCAGGCAAACCUUAUAUCAUUCUAUGAGAUAGCAGAAUGGCUGGCAGAGAUUGUUUCUCUCCCUAAGGCCGGAAUGCCCAAUGGGUCCUAUACCUUCACUCUGGAUGGAGAACCCAUGGCAUUCAUCUGCUCCCGGAUCUUUCAACAGAUUGUCCUUCGAAAGGAGGCCAUGCGAUUUACCAUAGAGCGAUCGCUCCCAAGAUUGGAUCCAGAGGAGCGUUUGUAUUUUGCUCUUGGGUUGCAUCGAGGGCAUGGCGACGCAUUUGCGCAGCUCAUCGAUGACAGUUCCUUCAUCAAAGCUAACUUCGACACUGGUCAACUUUGGAACGCAGAGAAAAUGCUGGCUGAGUUUCGACGGAUCGGACAGUAUGAAUUCUUUGGAAACUACAGAGGUCUUCGAAUGCUGUACGAACUUCCCCGCCCACCAUCGGUUCAUAUUGUACCAAGGUUGGGAGCGCUGGCAAUGGAGAAUUACGAAAGCAGGCCUUGCCGUCCGCGCUCCCUGAGAACCUGUUGGUGA